AAAACAAACAAGUGAAAAGGGCUGUCUUCAAGGAUGCCUUCUGCGGAGGUGUACUUAGGCGCUAGCCGUGUUCCCUCCGGAGUGUCCGGAUUACCUAGAUUAUCAAAAAAAAAAAAAAAAAAAAAAAAACAGUUUCAAAAAUCAUUACUCGUUUUUGAAAGGUAAUAGUAAUUUGAAGAAAAAAUAUACCCGUUAGGGACAGCUUGUUUUCAAAUGUAUUUAAACCAAACCAGAGGAGAGCCUCGCGUGUGUGUCUCUAAAGUCUCAACGUCUCUCUCUCACAUAACACCAAGCGAUUAGAGUAAACAUAUAUCAAAGAAGCGGAGAUGGCGGAAGGGCGCGAUAGACUCGAACGACAAAUUGAUUUUGCAUCAUUGUUUCUCAACAGACAGCGCGGAAGGAUCUUCGUUGACGAUGAAACUACAUGGACUGUGCAAGCAAGAGGUGGUAUUUGGCGGCGUGGAAGGCCUCGUCCUCGUACUCGUACUCGUCCUCGUGCUUCACCUUCAAGGAGGGCCCUCGCUGAUAUCACUGAUGUGAAUAGGGUGGGUACUGAGAGAAGGAGAGCAGUGGUUGGCCCAAGGCCCCUCCUUGAUACUGCUGUUGUUAGGGCGGGUACUGAGAGAAGGAGAGCAGUUGACCGUGUACCACUGGCUCAGCUCGAGCUCAGGUAUUCUGUGGCCAGUGCUGUUGCAUCCGCUGGAGUCAACCACCCCUCUUCCAUCGCUUGGGUUCAGCAGAAGUUGCUCUCACUCAAAGAGGAAUUAUCUGAUGGAGAGGAGGCCCUCACUCCAGAGCUCCUCAACUAUAUAGAUCAAGUGGGGAUUUAUCUGACGGAAGAGCUUGAGAAGCUGAAAAGCACACCAAGUGCGCAGAGAGCUGAGAGGGAGAGGAGGAUUCGAACAUUGAUGUCCAUGAGGUGACCGUUUGGGAACUCUUCACACUCUGAAAAGUAGGGAUCAUAGGCGUAAAAAAAAGUUGACGAUGAUACAAAGAGGGACGAGUGGAUAUCAUAUCACGGAGAGUACAUACUCCACGUUAUUACCAAUGUUUGUGUUUUAGGCUUGAGAGUUAAGAUUACAUUUGCUUACUUUCUUUUUUCACUAUUUGUGAAAUUUGAAGAUUCUUUUGAUACUAGUUGUUUUCUUUUGUACCUUUGGCAUGGCCUGUGUAGUAGCGCUAUUGAUUAGAAAAUUAUUUGACAACCCAUCAGUUUCACUUCCUCUAAUCUCUUCUUCUUUGAACCGCUUCCUAAUUCACAUUCCAAAACCGAAUUUGACCAAAGUAGUUUUAAUUGUUGUUGUUUCCCAGCAACAUUUUGCUCUUAGCCUACUCAUUCUGUUCCACUAUGCUUGUUUUUAGCUUCCAAGAUUUUCUCAACGUGAUUGGAAUUGUUUCACAGACCGUGAUCAAGUAUAGCCUACAAAAAAAACAACACUAAUUAAUUAUCCAACAGUGCCAUACGUGAGGAAAAGGGAAGUGUCUUUGCUACUUUUCUAACGUCUUUGGUUCCAAUUCACCUGAAACUAUUCAAACCAACAAGAUAUACUACUGCAUAUUCAGAAUACAAGAACAAAGACCAUUUUCAAGCUUUUGUGUGCAAAUUGUAAAUGCAUCACAUCAAACAAACUGAAAAGUACAACAUAGCAGAGUACCGCAAAGAUACUUCAAACGAAAGAACUGAGAUUGAAGGAGCCAAUCAUGUUUGCGAGAGGCGAGAGCAGAACUCAUAUCCAGCUCAAGCUGAAACCUUUGAAGUUUAAGCUGUUGCCUCAAAGCACUUGCUCUGUUGUUGCAGCAGGUUGCUGCGUCUGCUCACAGCCGUAAGCUGACGUGGCAAGGGAUUCCCAGAAGCAUCAGAGACGGUCACAGGAAGGUCCGUGAUAGUCACGACGGUUUUGGAGAGAAGAGUAGAUGAUUCCAAAUGAUGUUUCAUAUAGGCUCUGUAAUGAUGAUUUUAAUUGGAACUGAAACGGAUGAUGUACAUAGCAAAGUCUUGAGAGCUAUGAGAUCAAAAUCUCCCCGUGAUCAGGUUGAAAACAUUAUGUUUUGAAAUAUUACAAACUCCUUCAGUCUUGUAAUUUUCCUGAUUUGUUGGAAAAAUAAAGAUAGUUUUCCU